AUGAAAGUCUUGAGAAAAAUUGAGAAGCUUCAAGUUACAUCGUAUACCCAAGAGCAAAGAUGGAAGCUAGAAGAGGAACUGGCUACUCUUGAAGCUGAUGAGGAGAGUUAUUGGAAACAAAGGUCGCGAGCUGAUUGGCUAAAGGGAGGAGAUAAGAACACAAACUACUUCCAUAAUAAAGCGACUGCCCGCCGGAGGAGGAAUUCUAUACGAAAACUCAAUGAUGCUGCUGGGAGGUGGUACGUUGGAACUGACCAGCUAUUUGAUUGUUUCGCCCAUUAUUUCGGUAUGCUGUUCUCGGCAGGUGAGAAGCCCCUUCGAUCGCCAGCCCUUGACUCCAUAAGAAGGGUAGUAACUGCGGAGGACAACGAGAGCUUGGUACGAGCAGUGGACAGGGAGGAGGAGGUGGUGGCCUUAAAGCAAAUGGGAAGAAGAAAGGCGCCAGGUCCGGAUGGCAUUUCAGUUGCGUUCUUCCGCGCAUACUGGGACACGGUGGGGGACGACGUCUGCAUGGCAGUGAAGAAUAUUAUUAAAAAGGCAUAA